CCCCGCUCCGCCCGCGGAGGAGCCGCAGGGCGCUCCCCCUCCUCUCCCGGGGCCGCGAGCGCCCCCGCCGCAGGGCCGGCCUCCCCUCCCCGCCCGCGGGGACCGCUCCCGGAGGAGCAGGAGCCCGGAGCGGCCGAGGAGUGCGCAGGAGGGGGCGGGAGGCGUUGGUGAAGGGAGGCCCCGCUCGAAGAUGCCGCCGUCCUGGGCCUUUGCGCUCCCGCUGCUGCUCCCCUGGGUGGCAGGUGGAUUAGGGAACGCAGCCAGUCCAAGGGAUCACGGGUUGUCGGCACCCGCGUUCCAGCCUGGGGUCUGUCGCUAUGGAAGUAAACUGGCCUGCUGCUACGGCUGGAGAAGGAGCAGCAAGGGAGUCUGUGAAGCUAUGUGUGAACCUGGAUGCAAAUUCGGUGAGUGUGUGGGACCAAACAAAUGUAGGUGCUUUCCAGGCUACACCGGGAAAAGCUGCAGUCAAGAUGUGAACGAAUGUGGAGUAAAACCCCGGCCGUGCCAACACAGAUGUGUGAAUACACACGGUAGCUACAAGUGCUUUUGCCUCAACGGCUACAUGCUCAUGCCAGAUGCCACAUGUGCGAACUCUAGGACGUGUGCCAUGACAAACUGCCAGUACCGCUGUGAAGACACGGAGGAAGGGCCGCGGUGUGUGUGUCCGUCCUCGGGCCUCCGCCUGGCCCCGGAUGGAAGAGCUUGCAUAGAUAUUGAUGAAUGUGCCUCUGGUAAAGCUGUCUGCCCCUACAAUCGAAGAUGUGUGAACACAUUUGGAAGCUACUACUGCAAAUGUCAUGUUGGUUUCAAACUGAAAUAUAUCAGUGGCCGAUAUGACUGUGUAGAUGUAAAUGAAUGUGCUGUGAAUACCCAUACGUGCAGCCUCUACGCCAAUUGCCUCAAUACCCAAGGGUCUUUCAAGUGUAGGUGCAAGCAGGGAUAUAAAGGCAAUGGGCUUCAGUGUUCUGUUAUCCCUGAAAAUUCUGUGAAGGAAGUCCUCAGAGCACCUGGUACCAUCAAAGACAGAAUCAAGAAGUUGCUUGCUCACAAAAACAGCAUGAAAAAGAAGGUAAAAGUUAAAAAUGGCAUCACAGAACCUUCUGGGACUCCCACCCCUAAGGUUAACUUGCAGCCCUUCAACUCUGAAGAGAGUGUUUCCAGAGAUGGGAACCCUGAUGGAGAUAAAGAAAAGAAUGAAGAGAGAAAGAAAGAAGAGCUGGAGGAAGAGAAAAGAGAUGAGAAAGCCCUGAAGAACCAUGUGGAGCAGGAGCAAAGCCUUCGAGGAGAUGUGUUUUCCCCUAAGGUGAAUGAAGCUGGUGAAUUUGGUCUGGUUCUGACCCAAGGAAAAGCUGUAACAUCCAGAUUGGAACAUAAAGCAGAUUUAAAUGUCUCAGUUGACUGCAGCUUUGACCAUGGGGUCUGUGACUGGAAACAGGAUGUAGAAGAUGAUUUUGACUGGAAUCCUGCUGAUCGAGAUAAUGCUGUUGGCUACUAUAUGGCAGUUCCAGCCCUGGCAGGCCAUAAGAAGGACGUUGGCCGGUUGAAACUUCUCCUCCCCGACCUGCAGCCCCAAAGCAACUUCUGUUUGCUUUUUCAUUACCGGCUGGCUGGAGACAAAGUAGGGAAACUUCGAGUGUUUGUGAAAAACAGUAACAAUGCCCUGGCAUGGGAGGAGACCAGGAGUGAGGAUGAAAAGUGGAAGAUGGGGAAAAUUCAGUUGUAUCAAGGGAUCGAUGCUACCAAAACUAUCAUUUUUGAAGCAGAACGUGGCAAGGGCAAAACCGGAGAGAUUGCGGUGGACGGCGUCUUGCUGGUUUCAGGUUCCUGUCCAGAUGGCCUUGUAUCUGUGGACUGUUGAAUGUUACUGUUGUCUUUUAUAUCUUUAUAUUUGGCUUUUUAUGUCAGUUCUCUGUUUUUUGAUAUUACAUCAUAGACCCCCCCAUUUUAGAAAUACAAACUGAAAAAUUAUAAUGUACCAACGGAAACAUUAUUGUAAGACACCUUUCUUGUAUAAGAUGCGCUGAUAUUUGCUUUAAAUAUAGUACCACUAUGAUUUCUCAUUCAUUUCUGAAUUUAUAAAAUGUGGAAAUGCCAGUUCAGUUUUUGCCCCCUGGUGUGAUUUGUCUACAUGAGUUGAUGAACUUCUCUAUACAACAUUUCUAGAAUUACAAGGAAAAAAAAGGCACAGAGCAAUGUUUAACUCUUUGACUUCUAUGGCACUUCUUGGAAACGAUGACAUCACAGAUAGAUUUUUACCUAAGUGGCUUAGCCUGAUCUUUUACAGCCAAGCUUGCAUAUUUAACUUCUUUGUAAUAAUAAUAUCCAGAUAAUCACCUUGUGUCAUGGUUUAAAUUUUUCUACCAAAA